UAGUAGAGGUAAGAGGAGGAGUCUGUUUGUUGACAUCGGACGAAAACGAAAAUCAGAUGAGUGAAGAUUGGUGAUAGAAACUCAUCUUCUCGCCCUUAUCAAGACACCUAACCUUGGCGAAAGCUAAGGUCACCUGCACUGCCCUGUCAUAGAUCUGAGGCGGACAAGAAGAGGCGAACAUGGCAGCCAAAGCAGGAGACAACCCUGACAGCCUCAUGACUCUGGCAACAGUGUUUUGCCUGAGGAACCUCAGGAAGACCAUGUGUUAUCAGGGGUCCAGAAACAAACUCCAACUGCGCUCAGACAUCUUCCUUCCAAGUGAAAUAUGUGACAAGUUGGUCAACACGUAUAUGGAGUUGGUCCACACAGAUAGUAACUUUGAACCAGAAGAGAGCUUCUUCCAACUUUUCUCAGAUCCUCGAAGCACGAGACUAACCAGGGUACAGCUGAGAGAAGACUUUGUACGUGACAGAGAUUUGGAAGCUAUUAAAAAACAGGACCUGAUCGAGCUCCACCUCACCUAUUGCAACAGUCUGUCAUCGCGCAGUUUGAAGACACUCACCAGCUUCCGUGAGACUUUGGUGUCUCUAUGUCUCUUCAGCUGCAGCAACAUCUUUUACAGACAGGGCGGUGCCCCACUGGCCUGUAAUGAAGACACGGAAGAUGAUGAAGAGGAAAGCCCUGCUUCUAGGCAAGCAUUAGACACAAACUUUAGCUUCCAGGGCUUUAACCGCCUCAGGUUGCUCAAUCUGGGGGGUCUAUCUGAUGAGGUGGAUGCCGAGACCCUGCUCAAACCCCUGAGGUCACUCACAUCAUUAGAUCUGUCUAAUGUACAGUUGCUGGGAACAACGUUUCUCACCCAGUGGAAAGACAGACUGGCCUCUCUUGUUCUCUACAAUGUGGACCUGUCAGAGGAGCUGGUCAGUACGGUGGUGGAGCUUGUAAAUCUCAGGCAUCUGGACAUCUCAAGAGAGAGCAGGCGGACCUCAAAAUUUAAGAUGACCAGGAAAAUCCUCACAGCCAUUGUACAACGGCUGCUCAAUCUGGUGUCUCUGGACAUCUCAGGGCACAUUAUGCUAGACAACUGCACAGUUCCACAUUUUGAAGAAGCUAUGGGCCGACCAAGCAUUGAGCCCUGUAAGAGCAGCAUCUACCCCUUCCAGGAGCUGAAGAGGCCUCUGCAGUUUCUGGGUUUAUAUGACACCACCCUCUGUAAUGUGAUGCACAUCCCUGCAUAUAAGGUGACUGGAUCAAAGAAUGAAGACCAGGUGCUCAAUGCCAUUGAGGCUUACACAGAGUUUCGGCCUGAACUGGCCCACAGAGCCAUCAAUCAGUUGUUUGACAUCGCCAGGAUACAACACUGUGGCCAGCUGCUCCGAGCUUUACAACUUGUCAUUGCAGCACUGAAGUGUCAUAAAUAUGAUAAGAGUAUCCAAGUGACAGGCAGCGCUGCUCUCUUCUACCUUACCAACACGGAAUACCGCAGUGACCAGAGUGUGCGGUUGCGCCGGGAGGUCAUUGAAGUAGUGCUGAACGGGAUGGAGCAGUACCAGGAGGUUACUGUCCAAAGGAACUGCUGCCUGACUCUGUGUAACUUCAGUAUCCCUGAGGAACUGGAGUUCCAGUAUAGUCGGGUCAACCAGCUGCUGCUGAAAAUCCUGGAGCCAGCCAGGCAGGACGAGUCCAUCCAGAGAAUCGCUGUUCACCUCUGCAAUGCUUUGGUGUGUCAGGUGGACAACCAUCACAAGGAGGCUGUGGGCAAGAUGGGAUUUGUCAAGACCAUGUUGAAUUUAAUUCAGAAGAAACUUCAGGACAGAAUGUGUGACCAGGUGAUGGAGUUUUCCUGGAGUGCUCUGUGGAACAUCACCGAUGAGACUCCAGACAACUGUCAAAUGUUCCUCAAUUGUCGGGGCAUGAGUCUCUUUCUCGAGUGUCUACAGGAGUUUCCAGACAAGCAGGAGCUGCACCGCAACAUGUUGGGGCUUUUGGGAAAUGUUGCAGAGGUCAAGGCUCUGAGGCCACAGCUGCUCACCCCACAGUUCAUCACUGUAUUCAGUAACCUGCUAGACAGUAAGGCAGAUGGGAUCGAAGUAUCGUAUAACGCAUGUGGCGUCCUUUCACACAUUAUGUUUGAUGGGCCAGACGUUUGGUCUAUGGAGGAGCCACGAAGAGAUGCCGUGAUGGACAAAAUGUGGGAUGCCAUCCAGAGCUGGGAUGUCAGUUCUCGCCGCAACAUCAACUACAGGUCAUUCGAGCCCAUCCUGCGGCUGCUGCCUCAGAGCAUCUCCCCUGUCAGUCAGCACUGGGCCACAUGGGCUCUCUACAAUCUGGUGUCAGUUUACCCAAGCAAGUAUUGUCCAUUGCUGAUAAAGGAAGGAGGAGUUGGUCUUCUGGAGAAAGUUUUGGAGCUGGAGAGCUCACAGCCUGAGACCAAGGAGAUGGCCAGGAAAGUCAUGGAGCAGUGUGAAAACUUCAAAGAAGAUCCCAUGGAAACAAAUCAUGGACAGGAGGUAAACUAUGAACAAAGGGGUUGACAUCACCAGAGCUGCGAUUCCCUGCAAACAUUGAGCAAAGCAACCUGAGGCCCCUCCUACUGUCAUCACCACAAGGGUCAAAUUGUGUGCAUUAUUAUGAUUAUUAUUAUUAUGAUUAUUAUUAUUUUGUAGAGCAGAUCUGUGUCUCUGACCCUCUUCACAACAGUUUGGAAAGAACCUUAAUAUAUGACACAUAGGAGUUAAGAUGUGGUGCAUGGUGUUUUUAUUGUGAGGGUGCUUGUCUUUGCUCACAUAAGCAUCUCUUCAGUUGGGACAGGUUUGUGGGGUGAGUGACUGUUUUCUGUCUGUGUGUGGUGUGUGUGUGAGAGAGUGUCAAAGAAUUAUGACAGAACAAACAGUCGGAGUGAUGCUUGAUUCUCAGUGAAAGGAAACAAAAGCCCUCCCCAGCUCACUACCAUUAACUGUAUAAGAUGAAUGAAAGGCUGAAGGCCGUGUAGUCUCCUGCUCCACCAUCAGAGGUCUCAGCUCUCACACUGCUUGUGGAAGCCACUGAGCUGUGGACACAUGUACAGUGAAUAUUAGCCAUUAUGUGUGUAGGCAGCAGAGAAGCAUCACACUGAUGUUGACAGGAGGGAUGUCCUCCCAGACAUUGUGGCACAAUGAUGGACUUCUUUGUUAUAUAUGUAAAUACUCUCUGUUUGUUUCAUCCUUUUACUGUGUGUAUGUUUUAUAAUAUAACUGUAAACACUCAUGACUUUACUCCGUAUUUAAAUUUGUUUUCUGACACAUGGUCAGCGCUAAGAAAAUAUAAGACAGAAAACCCAAUUAUUCAAGUGUAGUCCAGUCCAGUCCUAGAUACCUACUGUUCCUCAAAGGAUCAUUCUGCUUUUUUCAACCUUGUUUUUGUUUUUCAUUAUCUGGCAGUUUUAAUUUCUCUUACAUUUGACAGUAGAUGCAGUGCUGAGCAUGAGCAUCAGAUGUAACAUCUCUGUGCCAGCAAAUGCUACAGAAAAACUAACUUGUGCAUCAUGGAAGAUUGCAGAAUUGAGGAUGAGAACUGGUAAAUUGCAAAACAUUUUUAAAUGAGUUUGCAUCCUUAAGGAGCUAUUAAUUUUGAAGGAGUCCAGGUGGAGUCUUAAAGGGGGUACAGAAAAUGGAUGGCUGAGUGGUAGAAAUUACAAAAGAAGCACUCUUUAGCAAACAAUUAGUCCUUGGAAGUCUUACACACUUGUGCUACAUGCAAGUGUAUUUCCUGCUAUAGCAAACAGUAAAUCAUGUCUCUUGACCCACUUAACCCAGUACUGCUGUAAUGAAUGAUUAUUUCCAUUGUCAAUAAGUCUCAUAUUUAUUUGCCAGGUUCAUAAUUUUAUGUGUCUUCUAUAAAAUGUCAGAGCAUUUCUCUUUACAGAAGGUUAUAUAUCUAAAUUUGUGUCAUAAUCAAAUUCAUUUAAUUCGUUCACAGAACUGAGGAAGAUCAUCAAAUCCACACAACUGUAAACUGAAAAUGAAAAAUGGGCUUUUUUGGUACAGAUGACAAAGAAUUCAUCAAUUAUGAAACAAGACCUGAAUAUUUACAAAAUUGGAAACUUUACUUCAUAUUCUUCGUAUAUUCUUAUACAUGUGGGGCAUAAAUGAUUGAUGAAAGAAUGAGCACCAGACUAGCAUAUGUAUUAUCUUUCACAUCUUCGGUAAUGUUAAUUUCAUCAAUCAGUCGCGUGUGUUCCAUUUUUCUGUCUCACUUUAACACACUUAAACAUUUGUGGUACAAUAUUAUACUGAAGUUUUAGAAAUGCUGGCCCUCAUUGCUGUAAUCACUUAGAUGCACGUACACCACAGCGUAGCCUGAUUCAGUGUCACAUCUGAAUAUACAAUAUGAAUGUAAAACCAUUUGGGUGUAAGCAUUUAUUAAAUAUAAGAGGUUCUCAUGGAACAAUGGAGUAGUUAAAACAAUUUGAGAGAAGAAAACCUACCAUCUAGGCCUGACAUUUAAACCAAGCUAAUUGUCAUUUGUUGUUAAAUAUAUAUGAAUUUUAUCCACCUGUAUGACUUCUGACAGCAUCCUGAUUUCUUUAUUAUUCCCUCUCCAGUGUUUUGCUCCUGAUGUUGUCAGAUAAGAAGUCAGAUAAUAACAAAAACAAGGCUGAAAGAAUCAAUUAUCCUUUAAUAAAGGCUGAAAAAGGCUUUUAUUUUUACUGUCAGUCAGUCAACAUGCUGCUAAAGUAACUGCUUCACUUAAAUCUAACACUUUUUAUAAUCUUAAAAGCUAGAAGGGGAAAUAAAAUGGAGCAUUUCUGGAUCACACAGAUGAGUUUCAUUCAAAACAGGGGAGGAAGGUGUUGGACAGGCUCGGUUUUUGACCAUAGAUACAUUAGAAUCUGAUCUGUGAUUGGACUGAAGGUGUUACCUUGCAGGAUCUGUUGUCACUCAACGCUAUCACAUCUCUCACCCACACUUGGAACAACUUGUUGGCGUAAAUUGACUUCUGUCUUAACCCAAACCCAUGUCUGUUUGUUCAUUGACUCUUGGGAGUCUGAGGCGCACAGCGGAGUUGUUUGGUGAACAGACAUAAAUAAGCAGAGUUAUGUUUAUAUUCAGGUUUGUUGAUUGAAUUCAUGUCCUGAUAAAUAUUUUUAAAGACAAAAAAUUAGUAAGUAGCCAAAAACUAGGAACACAGGAAAUUUCUCUCUUGAGAUGAUGUGUCAUUUGGCUAUUUAAUGCAAUAUGUCUACUAUAUUCAAUAGAUAAAGCUGAAUUUUAUGUUUUUACAACUUGUUUUAAUACUUUGAUUCUGAGCUGUGUCAGGGACCUUAAAGUUACUGCAGGUAACUGUAAAAUUUAGAAUAGAAGGCCAGCAAAUGAAUGUGUAGAAGGAGAAUGACUAAUGAUUAAUCUGAAAGUGAAUUGUGCACUGGAUCUUUUCUCAAAUUAUCAAAAAUUUCGUUUAAUUUAAGUGCAAAAAAAAAAACAGGAAAAAUUCCAUGUAUGAGCAGGCAGUCAGUAGAAAACAUGAGAACAUUCACUUUUAAGAAGAACUCAAAAAAAGCAGGAAAUACUCACAAACAAUGACUUCAUUCUCUUACCAACAUACAUUUUAAUCCGGUCACUGUUGAUUAUGCAUAUGCACAUAUGUUUAAAUCACCGUUAAAGGUAUAAAAUAUGAAUAAAGACACUCCCUCUGCACUGUUGAAUGUAGCACAGAAUGAUGAAUGAUAAAUGUUGGUGAUGGGUUAGAGCGGGUUCAACUCCACAUACAACAAAAUAUUAGCAAAGCACAGGAUUCUUUACACUCCUGAUUUUAAUUGCACAACCCUGUCAUUUGUGAAAGAACAUGCAGCACCAGUUAUAUUCCAUCACAAUGUUCACGUUUUCCCCCUUGAACUGUAACACGUGUUAGUUUAGGUGAAUCAGGUCGGACGUUCUCACGCUGUAUGUAGCACCACAGUGUGAGGUUCCUGAAAUGACAUCAUAAUAAGGAUUAUGUGGAUUCAUGAGUGGGUUUACUAAGCUAUUUCAUAUCAGUUGGGUUUACUUACUGAUUGAUUUUCUGCUUCUCAUGUACAGUUUUUCUUUGAGUGAUUUACAGGAACCUGGCGUUGGUAAAAAUGAAAAGCUUUAUCAGAAACUCACUAAAUAUUUUGUCUGGACUUGAAAUGUAUGGAUUUUCAGAGCGUUUAUCACAAUUUCAUGAGUGGUCAAAACACUUGUAAGACUUAAAUCACUUAUUUCUGAGGAAUUCUUGGUGUUUGCUGAAUGAUUCUGGUAGCAGAGGUGUGCAAUGCUCUCUAGAGAAAUAUGUUGGACAUUUUCAACUUCACUUAAUCUCUUUAAUUUGAAGUCAUUCUAUCAAGAUGUUUCUAAUUCUGAUUUCCAGGAAAAGCUAUUUGCAAAUAUUACAAGCUGAAAAAAGCUACUGUUGAGGGUUGACUGUUUAUUAUUUAUAAAGUGCUGAAAUUAAAAGUGAAAUACUGCCUCUGGACAACUGCUGUGUCACAAAAUGUUUCAGAUUUCAUCUAAUAAUGUCAUGCUUUGGAGCCUGUCGACAUUCUGUAAUUCCUUUCUCUUUUUUUGGUAAUUGUUAAUAAGUGUACUCCAAUUUUGAGUCAAAAACAUCUGAUCCAAAUGGUAUGGAGUUCAGUUUUUCAUGAUCUAAAUAGUACCAGGCCAUUUAGUAUGAAUAAGCAAUAAAGAUGGAGUGGUAAAAUGGG